AUGUCUGUCUGUCUUUAUCUUGUACAACAGCAAUGCAACAUCCAAGGGAGGCAGGUAAGGUUCUUCGGUACCAUCGGUAAGGGCAGGCAGGGCUCUUGUACAAGUAUUUUGUUGGUCUCCGUCGUAAACCUUGCUUCAUCAGAUUACUUUUUGUAUGACAUCAAGGCUUUCUCUAGUGGAGACACUCAAGAGUCGAGAGUCGAUAGUUUUGCAACGGGGAAGGGGGAAAAGUUAAUUUUCAAAACAUAUAUGCCAAAGAGUCGCUGCAAAAUAAACUCUGUAAAAUAA